ACUGGAACUGCCGCAGAGACGUAUUAGGAAUGGCAGAUGGAUUACUGUAGGAUCUGGUAGACUUAGAGUUGUGGAUAAAAGGCAUAUUGCACAGUCUGUUGCUCUACAUAAUUCAUUUUCUGCACUUUCAGAGUGUAAUGGUGUUGUGGAGAGAGGCUCAGGCCCCAAGUGUAGUGAUGUUAUGGAGACAGGCUCAGGCACUGAGUGUAGUGAUGUUAUGGAGACAGGCUCAGGCACUGAGUGUAGUGAUGUUAUGGAGACAGGCUCAGGCACUGAGUGUAGUGGUGUUGUGAAGACAGGUUCAGGAACUGAGUGUAGUGGUGUUGUGAAGACAGGCUCAGGCACUGAGUGUAGUGGUGUUGUGAAGACAGGUUCAGGAACUGAGUGUAGUGGUGUUGUGAAGACAGGUUUAGGCACUGAGGGUAGUGGUGUUGUGAAGACAGGCUCAGGCACUGAGUGUAGUGGUGUUGUGAAGACAGGCUCAGGCACCGAGUGUAGUGGUGUUAUGGAGACAGGUUUAGGCACUGAGUGUAGUGGUGUUGUGAAGACAGGCUCAGGAACUGAGUGUAGUGGUGUUGUGAAGACAGGCUCAGGCACUGAGUGUAGUGGUGUUGUGGAGACAGGCUAA